AUGGCAGCCCAGUCCAAACUCCUCCCUCCCGAUCGCACAAUCAAGAGCAUAAUCUCGAAGUUCACCGACCUGUACCUCAAGCACCGCACGAAGAUCUCGAGAACCGUCUACCUAACCCUCUUCUUCGCCCUCCUCAAUCGCAUACGAUCCGCCAUCUCGGAACAGAAAGCUGCGGCAAUCAGACAAGCAGAGAAGAGAGCGCGAGGUUCUACCGUGCUGGGACAGGGCGAGGCGACAAAGAGGCAGAAGGUGGAGCUGAAUAGGGAAUUCUUCAAGAACUUGUUCAGGUUGCUGAGGAUUUGCAUACCAGGAUGGAGGAGCAAGGAGUUCCGGCUGCUGAUCAGCCAUAGCAUAUUCUUGGUUGUCAGAACUCUGAUAUCUUUGAAAGUUGCGGCUAUGGAUGGUGCCCUGGUUUCGAGUUUGGUUAGAGGGAAAGGGAAGGACUUUUUGAUUGGCAUCGUAUGGUGGAUGGUGAUAGCUGUGCCAGCGACAUUCACAAAUUCCAUGCUUUCAUACCAUCAGUGCAAAUUGUCACUGCAGUACCGAACGCGACUGACGAAUUAUAUCCACGACAAAUACCUUUCGAACAUGACUUUCUACUCCCUCUCCGCCCUUGACGAUCGGAUAAAAAAUGCAGAUCAGUUGAUUACUGUGGAUGUUUCGAAGUUUUCAAAUAGUCUGGCAGAAUUAUACGGAAACUUGGCGAAGCCGACGCUGGAUAUGAUGAUAUACAAUUAUUCUCUUUCGAAAAGUGUUGGUGGAGAGGGCCUCUUUUUCAUGUCACUACUCGUCCAAUUGUCGGCGAAUGUUAUGCGAGCAUUGACUCCUCCAUUCGGCAAAUACGUGGCAGACGAAGCAAGAUUAGAAGGUGAAUUUCGGUUCGAGCAUUCAAGAGUAAUAGAUUACAGUGAAGAAAUCGCGCUGUAUAAUGGCCACGAGGCAGAAAAAGAUAUGUUAGACAAGGGCUACUUUACCCUGAUCAAGCAUGUCAAUUAUAUUUUACGGCGGCGCUUCACCCAUGGCAUCAUGGAGGACUUCAUCAUCAAAUACGUAUGGGGAGCUCUGGGACUCGUCCUUUGCAGUGUCCCAGUAUUCUUCAAAAUCCCUGGGGCUACUGCUCAAACGAUGGGAGACAGAACAGAGAGUUUUGUUACCAACAGGCGACUCCUGCUAUCCAGUUCCGAUGCAUUCGGUCGAGUGAUGUUUUCCUAUAAGGAGGUUACUGAGCUCGCAGGAUAUACGUCUCGUGUGGCGACUCUGUUGGAAGUAAUGGACGACAUCAAAGCGGGUCGUUUCGAGAAGACGUUGGUUUCGGAUGACAAUGGUGGGGAACAGCUGGAAUUGAUGCGUGGCCGAGGAACAGUAAUCGAAAGUGAGGAUAUUCAAUUUACUGACGUACCUAUUAUUACCCCAGGCGGAAGUGUUCUGGUGAAAGCUUUGUCUUUUUCUAUGAAACGCGGCGAUCACGUUCUAGUCGUUGGUCCAAAUGGAUGUGGAAAGUCCUCACUCUUCCGUAUCCUCGGUGGUCUCUGGCCAGUUUAUGGCGGCACAGUCCGCAAACCUCCUCUCUCGCAAGUAUUUUACGUCCCUCAGCGGCCAUACCUUAGCUCCGGCUCUCUCCGUCAACAAAUAAUUUAUCCUGAUUCACUGCGUAUUAUGCGCAGCAAAGGAAUCACCGACGCAGAUCUCCUUUCUAUCCUCCGUAUCCUGGACCUUGACCAUCUAGUCGAGUCCUUCCCCAAUGGUUGGGACGCCGAAGCCGAAUGGCGCGACGUUCUCUCAGGCGGUCUCCAACAACGCGUCGCCAUGGCACGCCUCUUUUACAACCGUCCUAAAUACGCGAUCCUCGACGAAUGCACAUCCUCCGUGACUCUCGAGAUGGAGAAAGUCAUGUAUGAACACGCAAAAUCCCUCGGCAUCACGCUCAUGACUGUCAGCCAUCGCAGGAGUCUAUGGAAGUAUCAUAGUAAGAUUUUGCAAUUUGAUGGGCAGGGGAAGUAUAUUUUUACCCGGUUGGAUGCCGAGAAGAGAUUGAAGCUGGAGGAUGAGAAGGAGGAUUUGGAGAUGCAUCUUAGACAGGUUCCGGAGAUUGAGAGGAGGAUUGCAGAGUUGAGCGCUGCUUGA